AUGUCAGAUUCAGAAGAAGAAACCAAACACAAUCCAAAUCAGACAACGAGUCUGAGAAACAGUAAGAGUAUCACAGUGGCGUUCAAGCUGAACGGCAGAAACUACCCUUUAUGGUCGAGAUUGAUCAAAGUGAAGAUAGGAGGCUGUGGGGCCUAUGUCUACAUCAGAAACGAACCUCCGAGCCCCGAGAGCAAGGGCUUUGAGGAAUGGGAGGAGAAUGACCUUAUAGUGUUCUCCUGGAUCGUGGAUAAUAUUGAGGACGACAUUAUCUCCGACUUCGCACACCACCAAACAUCAAAGGCGUUGUGGGAUAGCCUCGCCGUGACAUAUGAAAACAAGGCAGAUAAGUAUUUGAUUUACGAUCUAGAGGAAAAAGUAAUUGCAAUCAGACAGGGAAAUCUGGAUUUAGAGACAUAUUACCGGAGGAUCCACGGGCUGUGGAUCAACAUAGAUCGAUGCCAGAGACAACCCGUGACCUGCUGUGACAAAGGCAUCGACCAAUACAGAGUACAUUCGAAUGAGAAACGCUUGGUGAAGUUCUUAACAGGGUUGAAUCAGGAAUAUGAUUCAAUUAGACGAGAAAUCUUGAAGGAAGAUCCUUACCCAUCAGUGGAGGCUGCCUACGGGUGGGUGAAGACGGAUGCGGCUCGACGUCGAAUCAUGCCACCAACAUCCGCCGCACCCACCGUAGAUGCCGACGGCAAUAAAGCCGAUUCAUCAUCUGGGGGAAUCGGACAUGGACUAGCUGCACAGAGCAACCGCCCACCGCACCGGAACGGGCCACCGCAACGCCCCGCAGCCACCACAGCCACCGGCCGACCUGGAAACCACCGCCCCGACACUUCGAAAUUAUGGUGUUCUCAUUGUGGAAGACAAAAACACACAUGGGAAACCUGCUUCAAAUGA